AUGGCUGCGUCCCAGCCCGGGAGCGGGGCCGCGGUGAGCGUAACAUUCAAAGAUGUGAUGAUGGCCUUUACACAAAAGGAAUGGGAACAGCUGGAUCCUGUUCAGAGAAACCUGUACAAGGAUGUGAUGCUGGAAAACUACAGCAACCUGGCCUCGAUGGGGUAUGAAGCUCCCAAACCAGACAUGAUCUCCAAACUGGACCAAGGAGAAGAACCAUGGUUGAGAAGGAGGAAGAGACCAAGUCUAGGUUGUCUGAGUGAAAUAGUGACACGUAAGCAAACGGAAGCCAAUGGAGAAGCCCAGAGAGCUGAUGGCCAGGCGGAGGAGCACCAGGAAUCUCGAAACAGACUCUCCAGGGAAGUCGCGUUCACGAAGAAAAUCGUGACUGAAGAGAAAGGCUUUGAGCAUAGUUCAUCGGGGAGAAAAAAUAAUGUGAGUGCAAAACAUGUUCCUUCCAAAAACAGACGUCCUGAAUUUGGUUUACAUGGAAAAAGUUUGAAACAGAAUUUAGACUUAGCUGUUCAUGAAAGAAACCAUGUGAAAAAGACACCUGACGCAGCUGAAGAACACAGGAAAUCAUCUAGUCAUAGCUUAUCUGAUACAAAGAAAGACAAACGUCAAACUGGGAAGAAACAUGAGAAAUUAUCCAGCCGUAGCUCAUCUGAUAAGCACGACAAAACUCAAACUGGAAAGAAACAUGAAAAAUUAACCCAUCAUAGCUCAUCUCAUACUAAGCAGGAUAAAAUUCAAACUGGGCAGAAAGAUGAGAAAUCAUCCAGCCAUAAUUCAUCUUCCACUAAGUGUGACAAAACUCAAGCUAAAGUGAAACUCUAUGAAUGUAACCAGUGUGGGAAGGUUCUCAGCCAUAAACAAGGACUCGUUGACCAUCAGCGAAUUCAUACUGGGGAGAAACCGUAUGAAUGUAAUGAAUGUGGGCUAGCCUUUGGCCAAAAGUCUCACCUUGCUGUACAUCAGAGAGUUCACACUGGAGAAAAACCAUAUGAAUGUACUCAGUGUGGCAAAGCCCACAGUCACAAACAUGCCCUCACUGACCAUCUAAGAAUUCAUACUGGCGAAAAGCCCUAUGAAUGUACUGAAUGUGGGAAAACCUUUACACAUAGCUCAAACCUCAUUCAACAUGUAAGAUCUCAUACAGGUGAGAAGCCCUACGAAUGUAAGGAGUGUGGGAAAUCCUUUAGGUAUAACUCAUCUCUUACCGAACAUGUGAGAACUCACACAGGUGAAAUACCAUAUGAAUGCAAUGAAUGCGGAAAAGCCUUUAAGUAUAGCUCAUCUCUUACUAAGCAUAUGAGAGUCCACACAGGUGAGAAACCCUUUGGAUGCAAGGAAUGUGGGAAGGCAUUUAGCAAGAAGUCACACCUAAUUAUACAUCAAAGAACUCAUACUAAGGAGAAGCCCUAUAAAUGUAAAGAGUGUGGAAAAGCCUUUGGACAUAGCUCAUCUCUCACUUACCACAUGAGAACUCACACAGGGGAAAGUCCCUUUGAAUGCAAUCAGUGUGGGAAAGCUUUCAAACAAAUUGAAGGCCUUACUCAACAUCAGAGAGUUCAUACUGGAGAGAAACCCUAUGAAUGUAAUGAAUGUGGGAAAUCCUUUAGCCAAAAAUCACACCUUAUUGUACAUCAGAGAACUCACACUGGGGAGAAACCGUAUAAAUGUCAUGAAUGUGGAAAAGCCUUCAGUGCAAAGUCACAGCUUGUUACACAUGAGAGAUCCCACACUGGAGAGAAGCCCUAUGAAUGCAGUGAAUGUGGGAAAUCUUUCAAACAAAAUGCAUCUCUUACCAAACAUGUGAAAACUCAUUCCAAAGUGAAAUCUCAUGAGUGA